UUUUGCUCUCUCUCUCUCUCUAUCUGCCCCUCUCGUUUCUUCCCCUUUUUUUUUCCCUUUUUCUUUUUACGUCUUUGGUACGUCCCCACUCUCGUUACUCACGAGGGAGAAGCGGUGACAUAUGGAGUCCCAGUCCCCGAAACUGAAGAGGCUCCGAUGCUCCGUCCAGAAUUCUGAUUGGGGUCGCAGAGGGGAGGAAUCGCAGGUCGCCAAGCUGUUCGCGCUCAAUUCGGGCUCCGAAGCCGACGUCGAGAUGCCGUACGCCGAGUUCUGGAUGGGCACGCACGGGUCCGGACCUUCCUUCCUUUUACCGACCGGUUGUGACAAUGGGGGUUCGAAAACUUCUCGGGACGUCACUUUGAAGGCUUGGAUUUCGAGCAAUCCCGAUGUUCUUGGUGAUAAGGUCGUGGCCAAGUGGGGCUGCGAUCUCCCUUUCUUGUUCAAGGUGCUUUCAAUCGCAAAAGCAUUAUCAAUUCAGGCUCACCCAGAUAAGGAAUCCGCGAGGGCUUUGCACAAGGCACAUCCGAAUGUUUACAAGGAUGCUAAUCACAAGCCCGAGAUGGCUUUGGCAAUAACCAAGUUCGAGGCCAUCUGUGGAUUCAUUAGCACAGAGGAACUUAAACAAGUGCUGUGUGAUGUUCCUGAGAUCGUGGAAUUAGUAGGGAGUACAGAAGUGGAAAUAUUUAUAAGACUGGGUGACCAAGAAGAGGAGAAAGUCAAGUCUCAUCUGCAAUUGAUUUUUACCAAACUCAUGUCAGCUAGUGCAGAUGUAGUUGCUUUAGCGGUUUCCCAUAUAAAAAGUCGUUUGGAGUUGGAGAGUCAGGCGAGACCAUUGACAGAUAAGGAACAGCUGGUGCUGCGGCUAGAAAAGCAAUACCCAGCUGAUGUUGGGGUUAUUUCAGCAUUCUUCUUUAACUACGUGAGGCUUGAUCCAGGCGAGGCAUUGUAUCUUGGGCCAAAUGAACCUCAUGCAUAUGUAUCUGGUGAGUGUAUUGAGUGCAUGGCAACAUCUGACAAUGUUGUGCGAGCUGGCCUCACUCCUAAGAGCAGGGAUAUCCAGACACUUUGCUCCAUGCUCACUUACAAGCAGGGCUUUCCCGACAUCUUGAAAGGAGAACCUCUGAAUGCGUACAUAACGAGAUACAUUCCCCCAUUUGAUGAAUUUGAGGUUGAUCGCUGUGUUUUACCCAAGGGCACAUCUACCGUCUUUUCUGCAGUUUUGGGUCCUUCCAUUUUUCUUGUGACCAAUGGAACGGCAACAAUAAAUAUGGGGUGCAUGGAGCAAGAUGUAGUUGCUGAAGGCGAUGUUUUAUUUGUACCUGCGAACGUGGAAAUUCAUGUGACAUCUGUGACAGAGUUGCAAGUGUAUAGAGCAGGAGUCAACAGCAGGUUUCUUAAGUCUUGUGAGUUGGAAAACGGCACGAAAUCUCAGAUCUGAAUCAAGUCUAUGACAAAAGAUUUUGUCGUGCCCUCCGUCAGUCUCCAUUGCGUAUGUAUAUCAAUCGUUUUUAUCUGAUCGUGCAUGUACAUGCAUGGCCCUUGAGAUCAAGCGAGUCUUAUGGAGAAUUAUAACAGUUCUUCAUAGUAAAUGUGGAUUCUCUUGAUCUCAGGCAAAAGUGAAGCUCUUGCUGCAAUCUCCACAGGUCAAAAUUCUAGAGCAAAAUCCAAU